GAUGAUCUUGAUCUUUGUCCUGUAACUUGAACGUCCAUGUAAGUGGUAUACUGUACCUUACGCAUGUAUUGACAAAGUAUCCAAGGUAUCUAACUUUUAUGUGGACGUAGCUCUUGCAUACUUUCAGACACAGUGAUUGCCAUUUUGCUUAAAGGUACUGUUUGAGUGUCCUUCGUUCCAGUAAUGUCGCUCCAGCAGGCUGACAUCAGUGAUGCGGCUCAGCUGUACAUAUGUUAUCUCAGGAACUCAUUGAUUAUGUCAUUGAUUUCCUUCACGAUGAUCCUCCUAGUCUGACGAAUAGCUCUCUCGUAUGCAGUGCAUGGUUAGAUGCUUCACGGCAUCACCUUUUUGCCGAGGUUACCGUUCCUAUCAACCGACCUCCCCCAUCUGGAGACGUUUUAUGUGAACCACUCGACGCAUUUACGACCUGUGUUAAGGAAUCGAUGCAUUCGGUAGGAAGGUUUAUCCUCAAUCUUUGCAUUUACGGAAGAAAUACUGGUCGUUCUAAGCCUCAUUCUGUCGAAGUAAGAGCAAUUUUGGCUCUUCUGGAGUUCCUUCCUCAUCUAAAGGAGUUAUCCCUGUACUGGCUUGACCUCCACGUCUACGGCAAGGCUUCUCAAUCAAGUUGCUUUUCGCUGAAGAAGCUGUUCCUUGCUGGCAUCUACUCUAAUAAUCCUGGAGGAAAUGGCUGCUCCACACUUUCUACGCUACUUCAAGGAUUCUCUCAUAUCCAUACCCUUAACAUUCGUGAUCCGACCGCUACAUGGAAUGACUACACUCCAAACCACACUGCUCAGACCCGCUCUGUGAAAAACAUGGUGAUUGGCCACGUACAUUCUGAUGCCUACGCUGUGUAUGGCGUGCUCUUGCAUGUGUUAUCCAUGCAGUCUUUGCGAUCGCUGGAUCUGUUGCUUUCUAAACCUGAGCAGCUUAAUUGGAUCGGCACGCUGGUUAGCUGCGCCCAUGGAGUUCAAGCGGUCACCGCUGACAUAACUGAGUUGUCCAUGAAGUUUGAAACGCUGCAUCCUCAAUGGUCUUCGCUGUGUUUGGUAUCCCUUCCUGCACUGCAGACAUUCGAGUUACGCUUCCCGCUUUGGAUAGCGAGCCCUUAUUCAUUGUCACAAUGGAAAAAUGCUAUCGAUCUCCUCGCCUCCCUUUCCUCUUCGACCUCUCUCGAAUCUAUCAUUAUGCAGAUAGUCUGUCGCGAGAGCGAUUUCUCCGCAUUCAAAGAUGUCGUAUCAGCUCUCGAAUCAUUGCAGUGGCAUGAUCUGCAGUCUUGCAUUAAUCAUAUGCCGAGCAAUGUGAAGAUCAUGACCAUCAACAUCGUGGUCAAGUCGAGUUUGCGUCCCUCAGGAGAUCAGGAUAUACAAUCGAUGGCUGGCAUAAACUUGACAAUUGAAAAGGAGAUGAAAAUGCAGUCUGUGAAACUGGACCUGCACUUUAUGUUCUUACAAGCCAUACCCUUGUUGUAAUUUGAGAGAGGCGGGAGGUAGAGUCAAACGAAAUGGGCCCACGGAGAUGAAAUUUCUCAAUUCACGGUAAUACUGUAGCUUUCACCUUUUCUCACCUGGUGUGCACAGAUUUGCACACCGCUUUCAGCCCAAUAUUGCGUCAAGUGGCAUGUAGACGUCAAAUCUGAGCUUCACAUCCAUUACGUUACUUCACGGCAAAAUCAUGUUCGAUUCCUGGCUG